UGUCCCCCCGGCCGAGGAGAGCGAGCUGCUGCCUGAGAGCCUCUGGCUUCUGUGUAGGGGAGAACAAGGUGAAAGAAGACAAAUUAAACGCCAAACAACCCCCAGCGUCAGCGCUCGCCUUAUUUUAAAUAUUUUUUCUUUAAUUAUUUCUAAAAAAGAAAUCAUUGUGGUUUUAGUAAUUUGUGCUGCGUGUGGAGUUGUUUUUCGCUCACCCCUGACAAAGGAGAAGGGGGAGGAGGACCACGUUUCGCAGAAGACAUGCGUUCAGUCAGGAAGAGGUGGACUGUGUGCACGAUAAGUCUCCUCCUUAUCUUUUAUAAGACGAAAGAAAUAGCGCGGACCGAAGAGCGCCAGGAGGCACCUCUCGCUGGAGAUGGCGAACUGAGUUUGAGUAGAUCAGUGAUCAACAGCUCUGAUAAGGUUAUUCGAAAGGGUGGCUCCUCAAUCUUCCAGCAUGCUGUAGAAGGUUGGAAAAUCAAUAAUUCUUUGGUGCUGGAAAUAAGAAAGAACAUUCUCCGAUUCUUGGAUGCUGAAAGAGAUGUCUCAGUGGUCAAAAGCAGCUUCAAGCCAGGAGAUGUAAUACAUUAUGUAUUGGACAGACGUCGCACCCUAAACAUUUCUCAGGAUUUGCACAGACUUCUGCCUGAAGUUUCCCCAAUGAAGAAUCGCCGAUUUAAAACCUGUGCAGUUGUUGGGAAUUCUGGCAUCCUUCUGGACAGUGGAUGUGGAAAAGAGAUCGAUAGCCAUGACUUUGUAAUAAGGUGCAAUCUAGCUCCUGUGGUGGAGUUUGCUGCCGAUGUGGGAACUAAAUCUGAUUUUAUUACCAUGAACCCAUCAGUUGUACAAAGAGCAUUUGGAGGCUUUCGGAAUGAGAGUGACAGAGAAAAAUUUGUGCAUAGGCUAUCCAUGCUGACUGACAGUGUCCUUUGGAUCCCUGCUUUCAUGGUCAAAGGUGGAGAGAAGCAUGUGGAGUGGGUUAAUACAUUAAUCCUUAAGAAUAAAUUGAAAGUGCGAACCGCCUAUCCAUCACUGAGACUUAUUCAUGCUGUCAGAGGCUAUUGGCUGACAAACAAGGUCCACAUUAAACGACCCAGCACUGGUCUCCUCAUGUAUACUCUUGCCACCAGAUUUUGUGAUGAGAUUCACCUGUAUGGAUUUUGGCCAUUCCCAAAGGAUUUACAUGGAAAACCAGUCAAGUAUCAUUAUUAUGAUGAUCUGAAAUACCGGUACUUUUCUAAUGCCAGUCCUCAUAGGAUGCCAUUAGAGUUUAAAACAUUGUAUGUAUUACAUAACAGAGGAGCACUUAAAUUAACAACAGGGAAAUGCAUACAGCAAUAAAGCACAUAUAAAGUACAAUAAGAAGUACAGAAUACACGCUUCAUCAUAAAGAUGUUGUGGAUUGACAAUGGGAUCUCAGUGAGGAUAUAUUUCAAUACCCACUAAGACAUCAGAGAAAGGAAUUUUAUCAGAAUUACAUAACCAGCUGUUACACCUGUAAAGUGCUAUAACUAAGCUAUCUUGACUGCAAGGAUUUAAGUAAGUGCCACUUUCACUAAAAAUAAAGCUUGAAUGUAUACUCAGUAGUGUUUACAGGAUCCAGUGACAUAUUCAUCAUUAAUUGAAGGGGAAAAAUAUGUCCUGCUUACUACUGACUUGAUGCUGUGGUCAGACAGCCUACAGAAGAAAUCCCCAGUGGAUGGAAUAUUUUCUUGAGCAAAUCAACCAGGUUUUGGCAGAAAAGAUGAGAAUUGAUAGAAUUGAGUAGAAAAAGUGAAGUCCAUAAGAUCAAACAAAUUAGUAAAUACCUUCAGUCAGAGGACUGUUUUUUUAUCUUGUAAUAAAACCUCAGCUUUUGUUGAGGUUUUUCUUACUGCUAUUGAUUGGGUUUCGUUGCUUUUAAGUAUUGGAGCCCUUAAACGAUUUUGAGGAUGUUAUGAAUAAUUAAAAGUAUUUAUCUUAUGGAAUUGUCUUAGGAAAAAUAUUUGUGAGGGUGGAGGGAAACAUCAAAUAUUUUAUCAAUUGUUAUUGUGCUGUAUCCUGCUGUCACACAACCCAUAUAAUGUCCCAAUUGUUUUUCUAGCUACUGCUGUCAGUACCUA